AUGGUGCCGGGGCCGCUGCAGGGCCUGGGCCAGCUGAUGUCUGAUUGGUCACAGAGGCGUGAGCGCGCCGCACGGUUGCGUGCAGUGCGCGGCCUUGCGUCCCUGACGGCCUCCAGCCUCGCAGAGUGGGCGGAGACUCCCGGUGGCAGCCAGGAGUGGCGGCAGCAGUCAUGGGAAGCGUGGCUGAGCAGCGCUCAGGCCUCCAGGCAGCCCCCCUCUGGCGGCCAGCCGGGCGGUGCCGUGCCAUCGGCGGCGCUCACGCUGCCCUGCGCCCUGCGCCCCGCCGUGGGACCCAGGGGGCUGGAUCUGCAGCUGCGGCUGUUCCAGCUGCAUGUAGGGGAUCCCUGGGAGGCUCAGGCGGCCGUAAAGACCCAGCAGCAGAUCCCUGGCUUGCUCAAGGCGCUGGACUGCGCCGCCGGCCUGCUGGCUGCGCGCCUGCUCUUCCCUACGGCCGUGGCUCCCGUCGUGCGGCUGCUGGCGGGCGCCUACUGCGCCUCGGCUGCGGCCCAGGCAGCAGGCCUGCUGCUGCCUCCAGCGACCCGAGCGGCAGCAAGCCGCCGCCUGCGGCACGCCGGGGCGCUCAGGCCGCUGGCGGGCACUGCUUCCAGGCGCUUGCGCCAGCUGUCCAGCCUGCUCCAGCGGUACGGCGAGCCCGCCUUUGUGCUGCUGGCGGCGGCAGCGCUGUGGGCGCACCUGCACCCGUCCAGCGCACAGAUCGGCGAGUGCAUCGCAGCCCUAAUCCCAGUGCUCAUGGGCUACAACCAGACGGCGCGGCACUGUGCCACGCUGGGGCUGAGCGGCAACGCGGCAGAGGAGCUGUGGCGCAAGAGGCACAAGUGGGCAGCCCGCCGCACUGCAGCUCUGCUCUCCGGCCUUCCAGAGUCGCCGCCGCUGUCAGGGCUGGCGUCAACUUGGGAGGCCGUAUCCAUUUGCAUUGGUGCCACCUUUGGCGGCAUGCACUUUGGCAGCGUGGCUGGCGUCAUUGGCGGCACAGGCGGCGGUGGGGGGCUGCAGCUGUGGGCCUCUGUUGGCCUGCGCAGCCAGCAGAGCAGGCACCAGCAGCAGGAGACGUUGGCAGUAGUGCCAGGCCAUGUGGCAGCCGCCCCAGCACAGCCACUAGACAACUUGGCAUGUGGGCAUGGCGCCGGCCAUGACAGCGAGCACAGGCAGCAGCUGCAGCCAGGUGAAGUGGCGUCGUCAGAGCAGCCGGAGCAGCAGCAGGUGGCCGAUCCAUCCCAGCCUGCCACUCCGGUGGUGGGGAUCCUGGACAAGCCAGGCGAGCAGCAGCAGCAACGCCAGCAGGCUGACGGGGAGGCAUGGCAGCACUGUGGGCCAGCUGGCGCCGUUCCGGCGGCAGUGGUAGCAGGCUCCUGCAGCCGCAGCUCUAUACUAGACAGCCCUUCUGAGAUGUGCGGCGGCGGUUUGCCUGUCGCGGCCUGGGGGCUGCAGGCAGAGGCGCUGCCUGCGGCAUGGCAGCAGGAGCAGCAGCAGCAGCUGCAACUGGACGGCAGCGGUCGCAGCGACAGCGAGGAUUUCAUGCACCCCUCGCAUUGGGCGGCCGCCAGGCAAGCCGCAGCGACCAGCGGCCAUGCCGCCGCGGGCGCCCACAGCUCCAGCACCAGCAGCGUGGCGGGCGACAGCGGCAGCUGCCACAGCUUCCUGCUGCCUGGACGCACCUACAGCAGCAGCGAGGCGAGCAGCGAGGUGGGCCUGGAGGCCAGGCAUGGAGCGCUAUCCCCUGGGUCGGCCCAGCUACUGCCGCCGGGACUUGCUCAGCCUGGCGCCACAGGCAGGCAGAUGCAGCAGCAGUGCCUGCCGGCAGCACCCGCCGCCGUGCUAGCAUCGGCAUCAGAGGCACAGGCUCAGCAGCACGAGCGCCAAGCGCCAGGCUCCCCAGCUGCGGUGGCGCCUGUGGCUGCUGGCGAAGGCGUGCUGCAGGCCUCGCCGCCCCUUCCGCUGUACGGCCGAGGCGACCAUGCUGCUGAGGAUGGGCGCACGUUGACCCUGGCCGAGCGGCUGCGGCUGGUGGCACGGGCGGCCAAGCUGCUGGCUGUGUUCUCUCCCUUCCUGCUGCUGGGGACCACCAUGCUGCUGCUGGCGUCACGCCUGGAUGCAGCGGCAGCCCGCCGGCAGCACCGCGGGCAGCCGCAACCAGCCGGCGAGCUCGGGGGAGCAGCGGCGGCGGACGGCGAGGCUGGUGCCUUGCCAACGGCGAGCCGCCUGCGCACCGGCGCCUUCAAGCUGCUGCUGGGGGCCUGCCGGCGCAGCGGCCCGGCGUUCAUCAAGUGGGGCCAGUGGGCGUCCACCCGCGAAGACAUCUUCCCUCCAGCCUUCUGCGCCGUGCUGUCGGAGCUGCACGACCGGGCGCCCACGCACCCGGCGGAGCAGACACGGCGCACCGUGGAGGCGGCGUUUGGGCGCCCGCUGGACAGCCUGUUUGUGUCGUUUGAGCCGCAGCCGCUGGCCUCCGGCAGCAUUGCGCAGGUGCACCGCGCCCGCAUGCUGGUGGAUGGACGGGUGCAGCAGGUGGCGGUCAAGGUGCGCCACCCGGGCGUGGCCAGCUGCAUCUGGAUGGACUUCCAGCUCCUGCGCCCGCUGGCGGCCCUGACGGCACGCGUCAGGAGCCUGAGGAGCCUCAACCUGAGCGACUCGGUGUCCCAGUUCAGCCACACCAUGACGGCUCAGGCCGACCUGCGCGUGGAGGCGGAGCACUUGCGCCGCUUCUACAACAACUUCCGACACGUGACCAGCAGCGUGCAUGUCCCGCAGCCCAUCGAUGGCUACUGCACCGAGGAGGUGCUGGUGGAGAGCUACGAGGCGGGGGCGUCGGUGGCGGCCUUCAUCCACAACCCGCACCCCCAGAACACCCAGAUUGUGGCGCUGGGGGUGGACACCUACCUCAAGAUGCUGCUCCAGGACAACUUUGUGCACACUGACCUGCAUCCCGGAAACAUCCUGGUCCGUCCUGCGGCCAACGGCGGCGGCGUUGGCCGGGCAGGCGGGGCACACCUAGCGGAGGGCGGCGAGCCAGAGGGCGGCUCCAGCAGCUGGAAGCGGCUGGAGCUGGUGCUGCUGGACUUUGGGCUGGCGGAGGAGCUGACGCCCGCCGUGCGCCACCACUUCAUCUCCUUCCUCCACAUGAUUGCCAAAGGCGACGGGCGGCGCGCAGCCGAGCACCUGCUGCAGUGGUCCGCCAACCAGCGGUGCCCCGACCGCGACGCCCUCACGGCAGACAUGGAAGCGCUAUUUCAGCAGCGGUGCAACAUCCACUCAGAGGAGGGCAUCAACUUGGAUGCCGUGAUGAAGGCAGUGCUGCACCUGGCCAGGAGGCACGAGGUCUCCAUUGACAGCAACUAUGCCGCUCUGGUGGUGGGCGUGUGCGUGAUUGUGGGGUUUGCGACCUCGCUGGACCGCCGCGUCAACCUGAUGGACGCCGCUACCCCCUGCUUCCUCUUCUAUUCCCUCAUCGGACGCGUCUCGGGCCGCCUGUACAUGUGA